AUGGAUUCGUCAGCAUCGCCUGCUGCCCAGGAGGCAAAGGAAACCCCGAUCAAGCCUCCAGUGGAUGACAGGGACAACGACGACCAGGAUGAGGCAGCUCGCAAGAAGGCUGCUGUUCGGAAGAGGACGAAGACGGGCUGUUUAACCUGGCGAAAGCGCCGCAUCAAGUGCGAUGAGGGCAGGCCCAUCUGCAUAAUUCAGUCGAAACCCUCAUCGCACGCCCCUCCACUGGCUGCCAUUGCCCCCAAGCCCCCAAUGACACUCGAUUUCCAGAACUACCCACCGGUUCCCUAUGGGGAAUCUUAUCAGGCACACCAACAACAUCAGCCAAGCGCUGCGGCGUCGUCGACGUAUAGCUUCAACCAGGGCUCCUACGAGCAACCUCCGGUGCCAGCGAAUACGGCGUACAUAUCGCCUGCUGCGUCCGUGCAUCAACAGCGGAAGCACAGCGAGGGCCAACAGUAUCUUCCAUCGCCCGCAAAGGAAGAGGAUGGAUUUCAUGGUUUCGGGGAUUCGAGCCAUACUCAGACGAAAAGCUACGCCGCGCACAAUGAGAUUGCGGCAAGCGGUCCCGGGUUUCAGGAGACUGAGGUUGCGAUGGACGAGGUGCAAGAACGAACCCAAUGGGAGCAUGUGUAUUCAGACGAGGACGCCUCGAUGGGUGAGUCGGAGGAUGAGUUCGAGGCUCUCCCGCGUGAGAGCACAUACGGAACUUUGGUGCAAAGCCACAUGGAUGGCCCUCUGGACGGGUUCGGCACGGAGAUGCGAACUUUCACGGCAUUUGCGAACGACGAAACCCUCACAUCAUACAUUCCGCAGGCGAUUAAUUCGCCUUUGAACGACAGUAAGACGGCUGCGCUUUUCUGGCACUUCGUCAACGUUACCGGGCCGAACACCUUCCCCAUCGUUGCCUUCCAUCACCCCGCACUCCUGCAAUCCAUGCUAGCCAUCGGGUCAUUACAGAUCGCAAGGCUCAAGGCGUUGCCCCCGACGGCAGCCAUGAAGCACUACCACCUGGCUAUCAGACGAAUUGCCCGCAACGUUCGCAGCCAUACCAAGAGGACCCAGCCUGCAACGCUGGCUUCGACGCUGCUCUUGGCUUUCUUCGAGGUCUGGAAUUCGGACCAUUCAAAUUGGUGUCAACAUCUUCUCGGAGCGAGAUUGUUGUUUAAGGAGAUACCAUUCCGAGACAUGACCAGAAACAUACUACCGCUGAAAAGAGCGAGACGAGCUAUGUUUGAGCAAGAACGAAACCAACCCCUAGACCCCUUUUUCAUGGGUCACGAUAAUGGCGAGGCUGACAAGAUUGACCUUGAUGACCUCGAUUUGGGGUUUUUGAGCGAGAUCACAGGCCAAAAUGUGGAUUACGACGAGGGCACCACGCUCUCGGGGCUGUACUACACGGACCGCGAUAUCGAGCAGUAUGAGCACCUACGAGACCUCUUUUGGUGGUACUCUAAGAUGGAUGUCUACCAAGGACUUCUCUCAGGUGGCAAGCCCUUCUACGGCACCUAUGAUCAUCUCGUGCUGGUGAUGGCGCGCCUCAUGACCUUCGCCGCGAAAGAUCUGCCUCGUAAGAGAAAGUCGCUGAAGACCUUUGGCAUGAUGGGUGGUCCGCCAGGAGCUGGGAGGGGCAGAGGCCAAGGUGGUCCUCCGGGGCCGCCCGGAGGCCCGCCAGGGGGGCCACCGGGGGGACCGCCUGGUGGGUUCCCGAUGGGCCCACCCGGAGCGCUUCCCGGUAUGAUACCUCCCGGUGGCAUGCCAAACAUGUCUGGGCCGCCUUCUGGAGGCUUCCCAGGCGGCAUGCCGCCAGGGAUGUUCGGGCCAGGGGGUCCUCCUGGUGGGCCACCUGGGGGUAUGGCCCCAGGCAUGUUUGGAGCCCUCCCCGGAGACGGCCCUGCAAGAGGCAUGCCGCCAGGAAUGUUCGGUGCGCCCCCCGGGGGACCGCCCGGAGGACCGCCCGGAGGACCACCAGGAGGACCGCCCGGAGGGUUUUCCUCGGGCCCUCCAGGUAUGGCUGGCGGCCCUCCCAGAGGGCCACCAGGCGGUCCCCCGGGUGGCUCACCCCCCAUGUUCCCCGGCAUGCUCCCCAAUGUUGGAAAGACCUCCCUCCCCAUGGGUUUCAGCCCACCGCGUGAGGGAUCACCGCCAAAAGAGAAUCCGGAUGAAAUUGAUCUCGAAAGCGGCACGGCAGAGGCCAUGCGCGAAUGGGAGGCCAUUCGGGCUGCAUUUGAGACUCUGCGGGCGAGGUUCGGACCAGAGUUUGAACCCCUCGGCCCAGAGUAUGCCGACCGCAGAGAUUCGCCGUUCGGGCCAACAUUGCAAUAUCGCACCUUCUCUGUCGCUGGAGUCUGGCUCAACUACUACAUGUGUCUGAUCCACUUGUACCGGACACACCCCAUGAUGCCGCCCGCAGCUAUGAUCGCCCAGGGCAUUCAGGCGCGGCACACGGCGCAUUUUGCGCAAGAAAUUGGGCGAAUCGCGGCAGGCCUCUGCGACGACCUGAGAGAUGUGACUGAGAUCAGUACGCUGGUUGGUGCGGCCCUCGUCGAGUGCUCCCUGCCUCUUUUCGUAUCUGGCAUUCAGUUCCAAGAUGACGUUCAACGAAAAUGGAUCAUCAAGCGGCUGCACGAUAUCGCGCGAUUGACAGGUUGGCAGUCGGCAAGAAUGAUUGCUGAAGGAUGCGAGUCUGGAUGGCGCAAGGCGGCUGAGAUGGGGCGGGGGCCGCCAUACACGAGGGAUCCCAAUCUCAUGAAUGAGAUCCCCAAGUCGAUGAUCAGGGGCCCCCCAAAGAUCAUGGCGCGCAUCGAGAAACUUGACGGUGACGACGCCAAGCUGGCGGUGGCUCGGUCAGAGAGGGCGGCAUAUGCCAUUGGUCUGAUUGGUAUUGAACAGGAGUUGAGCAGGCUAGAUCUGAAGGAAGGUAACUAA